AUGGUGCAGGUUGCGCACGGGAAGUCCAAGCUGCGCGAUGUAGUACGUUCAGCGGUGGUCUUGGGUCGAGCAGAUCGUCCACCGCCGGGCAGUCGUUGCAAGCUCGCAGGGUGGCCAGAGGCCCGGCGUCAGCGGAUGGAGGCCUUGCUGGUGCAACUGCCAGCCAAUCCUGCAGAAGAGCCUGCUCUUUCCACGAGAGACUGGGCUGGCAUUUUAUGGGCCACAGCGCGUUGCAAAGCCAAAGCGCCACGGGCCCUUCAAGAUGCGGCAACAAAGGCAGUGCACCUUCCAUCAACAGGUGUUACAAGCAGCGAUGCAGCUCGCUGCUUUUGGGCCGCAGCUACUCUUCAGUGGACUGAGGAGGAAUUUCUCAGAGGUGCCAGGAGCAUGGCACAGCCACUGCUACCACAAUGUUCAGAACAGGACCUGAGCAACAUGGCCUGGGCAUGUGCCUCAUUGGGCUUCAACCCAUGUGGAUGGAUCUCUGAAUUGGUUGGUGCUUACGCGGCCAAAUUUGGCAAUGCAGAAGAGCCUUCCUCACCUCAAGCUGUUGCCAACGUACUUUGGAGUUUGGCCAAAGCCUUCGAGGGCGGCUUCGGGGAACAGGCUCAUGACCUAGCAGCUCAGCUGGAAACCGGAAUUCUUUGUUGCUUGCCAUCUGCACGGCCACAACAUGUGGCCAACAUCCUUUGGUCACUUGCAAAGCUGGGUGCGCCUUUGGAUACAGAAGGCAAGCUGGUCAACAGCUUGAGUACUCGCAUGAAUGAUUUGCUGGAGGAAGCUGAGAUUCAACACUUGGCCACAAGCGCUUGGGCUAUAGCAAGGCUCCAUGGGAGCCAGCAGGCCGCUGCUGCCUCGAAAGACUUUUUACGCAGCUUGGCAGACUUCCUGCGAACUGCACGGGUCAAGAAGCGUUCCGACAGUCCUUGGAGCGCUCGCUUUGAGGGGCUGUUCCUUUCACAUAUCUCUAUCCUUUGCUGGUCUUAUGCCAGGGUAAUGGUCGCAGAGCGCGUGACUCGACAGCUGCUGAGCAGUGCCAUCCAACAGCUCGAACCAUUCACCUCCACAGGGGCGAUCAAAGCACAAGAGCAUGCUAACCUGCUCUGGGCAUACGCUGAGGCCGCUGAGAAGACAUGGGCCGCAAGCAUGCAAAAGCCCUUUGCGAUGCUUCGGAGGCUGGUCCUUCUGCUUUGUGAUCCGAAGCUUCGCCUGACAGGGGAAAGCGCCAGCUCAUUUGCCGCAUCGACCAAAGCCCUGGCGCGGCUACCGCUCGGAUCUGCAGAGCCACAGGCACGUCGAUGGAUGCAGGCCGCAUCUGUCCGUCAGUGCAAGCGGAGCCAUGGCCUCGAAGAGCUCCCACCACAAGAGGUGGUGGCCUUGAUAAACUCCCUGACAGCUUGUAGAUCACUGCAUCGGCGCAUGAUGACCUCCGCGCUGCAGUUUCUUCAGGAGGAGGAAUGCCGUCAUCGAGAGUUGCGCCCACCACAACUCCAGAUGCUGCUUGAUGCACUUUCCUUGGUGGGCCUCAGGACGAAUGCACCAGAGCACAUGUGGUUCUUGCAGAUAGUGGAGAGCCGUUUGAACGAGUUCCCCCUGCCACUGCUUACCUCAACCUUGGCACGCUUGCAGCUCUUGCAACCCAAACCGACUGAUUUGCUGAUUGCCGCCACUGAGAGGUUUCGAGAGGUCGACAUUUCUUUUCCAACUCAGAAGGCAAGUCAGAAAGACGGUGUCGAGACGGUGGAGUUAUCACUGCCUCAAUGGGUGAGGUUGGUGAAUUCCGCAGAGCCAAUGAGCUUCGCAGAAGGUCCGAAGGACUGGACAGUGGAGCAGAUCGCAGAGCCCUUUGUCUAUUGGUUAGGGGGUUUCUUGGAGGAUUUUGGUCAAGAGACGAACCUUCUCUCCAGGGCACUCGCAUUUGCAGAACUGGAGGAGGACGACACCAGAAGAAUGCUGCUGCGAGAAAGUGCGGUUGCUCGGUACAAGGCACAACUACAGGUGGUGGAUUGCCUUGGGCCUCGCUUCACCAUUUGUUUGGCUUUGCAUGGGCUCAAGUUUGUGGCAGAUGCCCCAUCAGAGCUGCAGGAGCCUGUUUGGGAGCGGCGACGUGAAGAGCCAGCGGCCUUGGAAGCGCGCCUCAGGUUUGGGGGCCAUUCUACUGGCUGUGAGCAAACAGUAGUCUUCCAGCAUUUUGCUGUGGCGAAAGAGGCAGAGGCUAAAGCGAAAAGCAAUGCCUCGUCGUCCCACGCGUUGGAGAAGCUGGGUCCGGGUGAGGAGGGCGAGGAGGAGGAUGAGGAAGAGGAAGCAGAGGAGGAGGAGCCUGCAGGCAAAGCUGGCACUAAGAAGCCUCAGAAGGAGCUGGAAAGAGGCAAGCUGCUGGCUUUCGACUUUGCUCGUGAAAAUGCGGAGUUCAAGGUCCUUUCGAGGCUGGCGCGAGACCUGUUGGAAAGGGAUGUAGAAGGAGAUGUCUUUGGUGACGUCACCAUCUUCACAGAGAGGCCUCCAUCUCUGUCUUGCCUAGGCGCUAUGAUGCAGCUCCGAAAUCAAUGGCCAAAUCUCUCCAUUCACGUCGGUUAUGCUGGUUUGCCAGCAGCGUGGCCUGAAAUAAACCGGCCGACCGUUGAAGAGUCAGGCGAAGCCCUCGUGCGUCCAAUGGCCUUGGAGGAGGCGGUGUGUUGUGCCCUUCGAGGCUCCGCCAGCCAAAGCCUGGCGGUAGCCCUGCUUGGAACCGACCCACGGGUGCGGGAGCUUUGGAAAUCGAUUUGCCAAACUGGAGUGCGACCCUCCGGCAAAAAUGUACCUGGGAAGAAGCGGGAGUGGCAGGAUAAGCUGAAAUACUUCCUGGCCCAUCGGCCACAUGCUUUUCAGUUGGAUGGCGAGAAACUCUCGGUGCGCCUUGUGGAGGAGCCCAACCUGGACCAGCAGGAACGGGUGAGCAAGUUCAACAAGCUUCGAGCGGCAGUGGAGGAGACGAUCCUUGAGUUGCUACGCUGCGAGAAGACCAGCAGAGAUCACCGAGGUGGCGGAGGAUACGUGCUGAUAGAGGACGUGGCUUGCACUCCACGGGUGUACACUCUUUGGCAGAAAUUGCGGUGGGAUUCGUCUGAUCGUUUGGCCUUCUACUUGCAGCACACAGAGGAGUUUGAUGUUUGGACACCCGGACGUGCUGGCAAUGCAGCUUUCCUGCACCCAGUGUAA